GUUAUGUUUAUUGUCCAAUACUUUACUCGUACGAUUAAUCUGAGCAAGGUCUCGCAAGUAUUGGGGAGUGAAAUAAAUUACGCUGCGGUGUGCAAUAUUCGCUGAGUCUCGCUUAGCCAUAUUCAGUGUUAAUCAAUCUUCGUGGUACCAGCCAUGUUUUCUAGAAAUAUCAAGAUUGUUGUGCGCAAAUCUCCCAUCCGCCAUUUAUCUAUAAGAAGAUGUCAUGCCGAACGAAUUUUAUCGAAUCCCUCGGAGAAAGUUUACCCUUUAAAAGGUAUCAAGGUGCUGGACCUGACGAGAAUUGUGGCGGGGCCCUACUGUACCAUGGUCCUUUCUGAUCUAGGUGCAGAAGUGUUCAAAAUCGAACGACCCUUCCAUGGAGAUGAAUCUCGUAAGUGGGGCCCACCGUUCCUGAAAGAUUCCGAAGACUCCGUCUACUUCAUGGCUUCCAAUAGAAAUAAGAAAAGUGUAUGUGUUGAUUUAAAAAAAGGUAAAUCGGUGAUUUAUGACCUAGCCAGAAAAUGUGAUGUGUUGGUUGAAAACUACAUUCCUGGAAAGUUAGACCAAAUGGGUCUUGGCUAUGACCAACUAAGUAGAAUCGCCCCAUCACUGAUUUACUGUUCUAUUACGGGAUACGGUUCCGAAGGACCUUACAAAACCAGACCUGGCUAUGAUGUGAUAGCAGCUUCGAUAGGAGGUUUACUGCACAUUACCGGAAGUGAAGAUGGUCCACCUGCCAAAGUAGGAGUAGCCAUAACAGACAUAGCAACCGGAUUAUAUGCACAUGGAGCGAUUUUGGCCGCUAUACUGCAGCGUCAUCAAACCAAUCGCGGCCAAAAGAUAGACGUAAAUCUGCUCUCAACGCAAGUUGCUUGUCUAAUCAAUGUUGCUAGCAAUUAUCUAAAUGCCGGUAAAGAAGCCCAAAGGUGGGGUACAGCACACGAGAGUAUCGUACCAUACGAAGCAUUUCGAACCAGCACCGGAUACAUUACGAUUGGCUGUGGAAGCAACGCCCAGUUUGAGGCACUCUGUAAAUACCUCGACAUUCCAGAAGUAGCCCAAGACGAGCGUUUCAUAACCAACCAAGUUCGUGUCCAAAAUAGGAAAUUAUUGAUCGACAUUCUGUCACCGAUCAUCAAGAAGCGUUCUUCCUCCGAAUGGAUGACGACCUUCGGCAAUGCCCCAUUUCCUGUUGGACCAAUCAACAGUAUGGCAGAAGUUUUCAGCGAUCCUCAUAUCAAUGACAUUGGCUUGGUUAAGGAUUUGGAACAUCCAACUGCGGGCAAGAUCAAAGUUGUAGGACCUCCUGUUUCGUUUAGUGACUCAUCAAAUCGAGCAAGGACUUCACCCCCACUUCUGGGACAGCACACAAAUGAAGUUUUGAAAGAGCUACUGAAUUAUGAUGAUGAGCAAAUCGAAGCUCUACGCAAUAUCCAGGCUAUUCAAUGAAACACCGAGAACGGGGUUUAAAGUGUUGCAUUUAAAAGUUACUAUUCUAGAAUAUAGUAAGGCAAUUUUUUUUAAACCUUUGCUUAUAUUAUAUUUUUGUAGGCAGACUCGAAAAAUAAUGAAAAAUAUUUAAUAAACAAGUUUUGUCAUUUUCACAAGUUUUUCAACGACGCUAUAUUGUCAUUACUGCUAGUAAGAAUUCUGUGUUAAAUAUUAAAAAAUAGUUUAAGCUAAGGUGGGUAGUCUUUGGUAGAUGUAAGUCAUGUAGCUGUUAAAUUCAAAUAUAUUUGCUCCAGUUUAACCAAAUAGUUCCUUAACUGCUAUCAAACAUCGUAGUUCUAUGCUUGACUAAAUAAUAUUUUAUUUUUUAU